AUGGACGCACUCACGGUUCCCAAACUCACGCCCGCUAUAUCGAAAACAAAAACGGUGCAGUUUGAACAAAUCGACAAGCAUUUCGAAGGAACUAUAGACGUCAGCCUCGACUCGCUAGAUAUAUACCCUUUAUUACACCUUUGGGAUCCCGACUAUGGCGUCAACGGUUGGGGUCCAAUCUCUAUAUGUCCCGUGUCACAAGGGUCUUCCAGAUACUACGUUCUCCGAGGAACGCGAACUAUCAGCGAUUUGCGGGUCUAUAAUGCAAAGAAGCCAGACGGCGCAAAGCCCAUUCAAACAUGGCAAGCAAGAGUCUUCAAUUCCUUGGUCCUCAACGAACCUUUGCUUCGGAUUUGGAUAUAUGGGACUCAAGAACGACCUGGUCGAUCAAAGCACGGGAUUGGUGAUAUCAUGUCACUCAUGUCGCCCCAUAAAGCUCAAGGAAACACGGUACUCCGUAAUGCAAUUCUCUGUCUACCAUCCACCACGUUGCAACAGCGAGUCAUACGGAUAUUCAACAUGCCUAAUUAUGAACAAAUACAUCGCGUAUUUAAUAACAGCGGUCCAUUUGCGCGGGUUGCGGUCAGCGAUGUGUACUACAUUGUCCAACAGAGAACGGACAACUAUCUUGCGUUGACACAACUACUACUAAGCGACCUGGAACGGCAAAUUGCGCAGCUUCGACCCCCGCUUCCUCCAGAAGGACAGACUCAAUUCUUCGCGCGGAUAUCCGCGUGCUCUAGUGAAAAAGAAGUAUACAAUUCCAUCAGUGCCCAUGCGAAGUUAUUCUUCGACAAGAAGCCAGACCAAAAGGCGUGGAUUCAGAGAGUACUCCGGCCUGAGAUUCCAUAUGUGUUUGGUGAAAUCGUAUUUUCCUCCGUAAGCUUUGCCCAACGUCUCCGUCGUCUCUACCGUGACUGGGUCCUGCGUGCUCAAGUGCUGUGCUCUUUCACUGGGGUAGAUACCUUGAAGCCCAUGAUGGCCGCCUCGUCAUCACCUCAGCUCGACCAAGGUCCUGUUCCAUGGACAAAGAUAUUGCGAGAGCUAAUGAGCAACUCUAGCCUCAUUGUCAUCGUAGAUGAAGACUCUGGCAGCGAACUGCGACCCCAGGAUUGGGCAAUGCCUCAGCUGAAGCGCAGUGUACUCUUGACUUGGGCGUCCGCUCGCCUAAAGAAGUCGCUAUCAGACUGGCAUCUGUUCUUCCAACGGUGUUCCGAUCUGGGUCUUCCGCUAAGCGCAGAUGGAGCCAGCGUCCUCAACGAUCUAUCCUCCGUGGUCGAGGUUACAGUGGAGAAUAGUCGACCUGCUGACGUUAUAUCUCCUCAUUCUCUAGAGGAUAGUCAAGUAGAGGAUAAAGAGGGACCAACGUCUUUUAACCGCCCUACUAUCUCUCGACAAAUCAGGAUCACGUUUCCGGCACUCAACUCGGCAGACAAAGCAGUAGUGUUAGAGGAUACGUCCACUGGUUCGAGGCGUAUAAUUCCAGCUAAAAAUUCCGAUACGCCUUCGACUUCUGAACCAUUGCACCCUGCAGACGAGGUACGAUCCAUCUUAUUAGCCACGGCGAUUCCGAAGAAGUUGAAAAUUCGACUCCAUCGUCUCUCUUGCUCUCCGUCAAUACUACCGUAUCAGACGGUGAAACCGGCUCUCCUCCCAUCACUCCUUCUGACGACGUGGAAACUUGGGCAGUUGGUGGUAGUAGGCUUUCACUAUCAAAAGAUGAAGCACCCACCGGUGGAGACCAUCAAGGUUCCUCGCUUUUGCCGUCCCAAGGUGCCGAGGGCGAGACGUCAACAACUAUCGAGGAUGAUUCACCCCGCCUAUCGUUUGCUGAGGCAUGCAACGAUCUCUCAGGCUUCUGGAUUGCAUUUGAGAACGAUGCGCGAGUACGGGAGUACUGGACUCCGCGGCUUGUCCAAUGGAUGCGGGACGUUUAUCCAGCUUCUUGAACAUUCUGACGCUAUUUCGUCAUUCACUGUAUCGUAG